AAGAUACUGUAGGACCACACAAUGGAUGUUUGCAUAAAUCUGAUUGUGUUUCACUUCUUGGUGUUCAUCUUUUUCAAAGCGACAGUUUGCUCUGACGUGUCAAUUGUUGGAGGCAAAGAUGUGAAAAAAGCUCUAUCAUGGAUGGUGUCCAUUCAGAAGGAUCAGAUGCAUAAUUGUGGAGGAAUCCUGAUUCACAAGCAGUGGGUUUUAACUGCGGCGCAUUGCAAAGAAAUCCCUGUUUCAUCAGUGACGGUUCUCAUAGGAUCUCUUUCUCUGAGUAAAGGCUCUCAGCGUGUUGGCAUCCUCAAUUACGAAAUCCCUAAAACAUUCAAUGAAAAGACUAAACAAGACGACAUCAUGCUCAUUAGGCUAAACAAAAAAGUGAAAGCGAAACCUUACAAAAUCCCUAAAAAGGAAAAAGACGUUCCACCCGGAACAAAAUGUGUUGUGAGAGGUUGGGGAACCACUGAUUAUACGGUUGAGCAAGCUUCUGAUAAACUGCAAAUGUUGGAAGUGUUGGUGGUGGACAGAGAUGUGUGCAACCGCUACUAUAACAGAAAUCCUGUCAUCACCAAAGACAUGCUGUGUGCAGGAAAUACACAGCAGCACAGAGGAACCUGUUGGGGAGAUUCCGGUGGACCUCUGGAGUGUAAGAAAAACCUGGUUGGAGUCAUUUUAGGCUCACAAGGAUGUGGGAUUCCCAAGAAACCCACAGUGUACACGCUUCUGUCCAAAAGACACAUCUCUUGGAUCAAUAGCAUACUGAAACAGCAAUUCAACAGCACACACUAUUAAGAAACAAAACAUUUCCAGCGUAUAUACAGUAGCUUAUUAAUCCAAAUUUGCGAUGUUUACAGUGUUUAUUUUGUU